CCACAGUAAAAGCCAAACAGAAACAGAGUUUAUGAUCUUACUUGCCAACACUUGUGACUUGACUAAUUCUUUCCUCCUUAUCCUACGCGCACUCCCAGAUCUCUCUUGACUAAACCCCUUUUCUCCAAUCUCUUCAUACCAAUCUUCUUUCUCUGUUUCUCUACAGUUAGGGUUUUCUCUGAAAACAAAAAAAUGGGGAAAGGAUCUUCAUCUGAAAUGAGUGAAGGUGUAGUGAAGAAGAUCUUAAUAUCAUACGCUUACGUUGGAAUAUGGAUCUUCUUAAGUUUCACUGUAAUUGUUUACAACAAAUACAUUCUAGACAAGAAGAUGUUCAACUGGCCAUUUCCAAUAUCUCUAACUAUGAUUCACAUGGGUUUUUGUUCUUCUCUAGCUUUCAUUCUUGUUCGUGUUUUGAAAUUAGUUGAACCAGUUUCAAUGUCAAGGGAGCUCUACAUUUCAUCCGUGGUUCCAAUUGGUGCUCUUUAUUCACUUUCAUUAUGGUUCUCAAAUUCUGCUUAUAUCUAUUUAUCGGUUUCAUUUAUACAAAUGUUGAAAGCGUUAAUGCCUGUUGCUGUUUACUCAAUUGGUGUUCUUUUCAAGAAGGAAACUUUUAAAAGUGAAACAAUGGCUAAUAUGCUUUCAAUUUCGUUUGGUGUUGCAAUUGCUGCUUAUGGGGAGGCGAAAUUCGAUACAUGGGGUGUGAUUUUACAACUUGCUGCUGUUGCAUUUGAAGCUACUAGAUUGGUUAUGGUUCAGAUCUUGUUAACUUCGAAGGGUAUAACUUUAAAUCCAAUUACAUCUCUUUAUUAUGUUGCACCUUGUUGUUUGAUGUUCUUGUUUGUUCCUUGGGUAGUUGUUGAAUUUCCUGUUUUGAGAGACACUUCUAGUUUUCAUUUCGAUUGGGCGAUUUUCGGUACGAAUUCUUUUUGUGCAUUUGCUUUGAAUCUUGCCGUGUUUUUGCUCGUGGGGAAAACUUCUGCACUUACUAUGAAUGUAGCUGGAGUUGUCAAGGAUUGGUUGUUGAUUGGGUUUUCGUGGUCAGUGAUUAGAGAUACAGUGACACCCAUAAAUUUGGUUGGUUAUGGACUUGCAUUUUUGGGUGUUUGUUAUUACAAUGCUGUGAAAUUGAAAGCUUUGAAGGCGAAAGAAGGACAGAAGAAGCCUCCACCUGAGGAUGAGGAGGCUGGGGAGUUGUUAGAUGAAAGAGAUGGAGAGAGAGUUCCAGGGAAGACUGAUUCUUAAGAUUGAUUGCAGCGUCAUCUUUAUAUAGAUAGAAUCUCCAUAUGUCAUUAAACCAAAGAGAAAACAGCAGAGAAAAUUAAAAGAAGAAGAAUGCAUCGAUGGUUCCAGGAGGAGCGAGGAAAAUGUGGCCGUGUUAGUGUUUCCAGCUCAAAUGCGUACGCAGGUAUCUGGUUUUGAUAUGUUUUAUUGUAGUUGUAACUUUGUGUUCAUUUUGGCUGUUGUUUCAUCCACCAGAGAUUGGAUCCACAUUGUAUUACGGUUCUUGCUAUGCUGACUGAGAAUGCAUCUGUAAGUGAGUGGAGAGAACCCGUGAAAUCCGCUGGAUGAUAUCUCUGUUUCUUUAAAAUUAUGGAUGUUUACUUGUUUAGGAUUCUCUUGGACGAUAGUUAAAUGUUUUUUUUUUCUUCGAUUUGUAAGUUUGAAUCCCAUGGUCCUUUAUCCAAUUAUGCAUUUUUAUUGCAAAA